UCCGUCCCCGCCGCCGACCCCGCUACCUGUUUGUUAUUAUUCCUACGCUUUCCAUUCCUCCCCCCUCUCCCUCUCUGCUGUGCUCUGCUCUUCAAGAUCAGUGCGAGGAUUCGAGGUCUCCAUCCGACCAUGCCCCGGGAUGACCAACUCCUCGACGAUCUCUGCGCCCUCGUCCUCGCUGCCUUUCGCUCCCCUCGCACCGCCCCGCCGAUGCGCGAGCAGGUGACGCCGGCGGGGUUCGCCUCGUUCCUCCUCGGCGCGUCGGUGGCCAUGAUGUUGUGCGGGUCCAUGACGUUCCUGAUCGGGUUCCUACUGCUGCCCUGGGUCAUCGGCCUCUUGGCGGUGGUGUAUUUCGCCGGGGUCGUCUCCAAUCUGUCCGGCCUGACGAGGGCGAUCCUUCGCCGGAUUUCCUCCUCGAGCCCCGAGGCGAUCCCAGAUAUACUCUCUUCCAAAUUUACAACUUGUUAGAUGUCAAAGGGCAUAAAUCCAGUAUCAAGGAUGCAGGAAGGUUUUGUCGUUCAAGGAUUGGCUUGGUCCAUACCAAUCAAAACCACUUGUAAUUUCUGCUCCGACAAAUUUCUUUUCUUAUUGUUUUCUUUGAUACAAGGUGUCGGUUAUAGGUCCUCUGCUGUUUUUCCAGGCCCACCUUUUCAAAUUUUAGUAGUUCUCUGUAUAUAGUUACAUUAUUACUAGUUAAAGAGUGUCAGAAAGUCCGGCUUUCAUGUGUUUUGUUGUCUUGAUUUUGUGAACUAUGGAAUUAAUAGUGUCUCAA